GCCUGUGAUUCCCACCGGCUAAUUUGCCCUCAAACCUGAGAGGCUCGUUGCCACUAAUUUUACCUGGUUGCUUCAAUCACUCCGUGUCUCCUCGGUGACGUUAUCAGCAGUAUCCUCACUGGCCUGAGAGGCUCAGCAUCAGGGAGGAGGCAGCAGGUGGCAGCUGUAGUGGUGGUGGUUUUAUUUUUGCAAUCAGUGGUGGUUGGUGUUUAGAAGGAGAAAUUAGAGAAUGAGCUCAGGAAGCCAGAGCAGGAGUAGGAGCCCGCAGGAUCGCAAGAUCCGCACUGAUCGCUUGUCCUAUCGUAAUGCACCUUAUAGGAGAGAUUCCCGUCGGGGCUUCAGCCAAGGCAAUCUGUGCAAGAACUGCAAGCGACCAGGUCAUUAUGCUAGAGAAUGCCCUAAUGUGGCAGUUUGUCAUAAUUGUAGCCUUCCAGGGCACAUUGCAUCAGAAUGCACCACGAGAUCACUAUGUUGGAACUGUCAAGAACCAGGCCAUACAGCUAGCAAUUGUCCAAACGAGGGCAUCUGCCACACCUGUGGUAAGACUGGACACCUCGCUAGAGACUGCUCAGCUCCCCCAGUUCCCCCCGGGGACCUGAGGCUGUGCAAUAACUGCUACAAGCAAGGCCAUAUUGCUGCUGACUGCACAAAUGACAAGGCUUGCAACAACUGUAGGAAAACAGGUCACCUGGCACGCGAUUGUCGCAAUGAUCCUGUAUGCAACCUCUGCAAUGUUUCUGGGCAUGUGGCUAGACAGUGUCCCAAGGCUAACGUUCUGGGAGACAGGGGUGGUGGGCCUCGCAGCAGUGGGUUCCGAGACAUCGUAUGUAGGAACUGCCAGCAGCUGGGUCAUAUGAGCAGGGAUUGCGCGGCCCCCUUGAUGAUCUGUCGCAACUGUGGAGGUCGAGGUCACAUGGCAUUUGAGUGUCCUUCUGGGAGGUUUAUGGACCGCUUUCCCAGGAGGUACUGAUAUCGAUUUUAUGGCUGGUAGUUCAUAUAUGACUGAUUCUGCUCCUCCUUUGAGGAGAGAUUGCUCAUCCAGUUUUCAGAUUAGGUUUAGGUUGAAACAUGAUACAUAUUUGCCUUGUUGGAACUCUGAACUUUAUGUGGUUUGAAUGUUGUGGUUUUGACAUUGUGCCUUCCCAUCUGCUUAGAACUAUAAUACCUCCUUUUGUUUUAUAAAAGCACCUCCCUUUGGGUUUGGGGUCCAAACUCCACUUCGAUUGAAAAAAAACAUAUAGCAAUCCAAAGAUAUUAGGCUAAGGUUUGAGCCUUUGUGGAAA